CCUGAAACAGCUUCAAGGAUUAAACCUGAAGAACCUGCCAUGUCGACUGAGCCUGAACCAGCCAUGAACUCAAAUCCAGAGCCUGGACCCCACUGGCCGAGCGCAUUUGAAACCUGGGGAAAAGCCUGGGACCUACACAUUUACUUGUUUGAGGUAACACCGCGGCAAAACGCAAUGCGCAUGAGCACAAAAUUUAAUAUCCGGUCAGCUUUUUAUUUCCGGUCUAGUAUAUAAACCAAUAGCGUAAGCAUAACUUUGCCGUCGCGCCAAGUUUAAAAGCAAAAAGGGCGAAACAGACAAAAAAGGGGGCCCAAAAAAUCACUUCAUUCGAAAGCUUAUAUAUUUUUCUAUUCUCAAACUUUUGCACCACAUGGUUAUCUGUUUGCACCAACGGUGAAAAUCAUGUUUGAAGUUCGCAGUAGCUCGCGAGCGCUCGACAAGACGAAUUUGUUUUUACUGGCUUUCUUGCAUGCUACUGGUUUGGCAUAAGUUAAUUUGGGAGAAGGCGACAACUAAGAAAAGAAUAACAAUACUUAUGAAAGAAACCAAAAUAAAGACGUCAUCAUUAUCAUAAAUAAACUAAAACCAGGAAAUAAAAUUUUAGUCCGUUCAAUAAUUUGUGAAAACAAGAACUCAAAACAAAAGAUGGGCGGGAUUUAAUAACAACUUUGACUUUGAUGACUGCAGUCACCGGGAAACUAGACAUGCCUAUAAAUGACUUUCAUUGAAGAAAAUGCCUAUUUAAUUCUUUUACAUGGUUGUUCUUUUGUUGAAGACUUCAAUAAUUUCAGACUGUGCGGCUCGGCUGCAUCUCAUGCAAACACGAAACUUCUAGCUGCUAAAUACAUGGCAUGAAAAGUUCGACUUCUAAAAGCCACUGAACCAGCUUUCGCUCUCUGAUUCUGAGAAUGAAAAAAUAAAUAAAUAGAGUUGUCAACUUGCUGCCAACCGGCUCAACAGUAUAAUUAAGCUUAUGUUUCAUGGCAAUCAACCCAGAAGAGUUUCGUUUUAAAACACGGUAAAACCCACUGGUAAACAAAACUACAAAGCGAUUGUGUGUUGUCGUUUUCCAAAUAAAGUUUGAAUCGGCUUUAACACAUGUAGACUGAGAAACUGAAGAACUGAAAAUUAGAACUACAAUACACAAGCUUCCAAUGAUAACGUUUUAAUUUUAUGUCUUAGUUUCAGCCAGGUUAAGUGAAAAAUAACAGUCAAAAACUUUAUUUUCGUGAAUGAAAAUCAGUUUACCUGACGCUCUAGCCAAAAUUACACACUGAGUUAUUAUCAUCUUACCUUUUCUGAAUCUAAUCGACUAAUUGUUUCAGUGAUCUGUGCCUGGUUAUCCAUUAAAGCAAUUUCAAUAAGUACAAAAUAGUCAAAAACACGAGCAGCAUAAAGCAGAACAACUGAACCACAAGCUGCACACAGAAUGAAGCCGAGAGCGCGCGGGAGACUUUGAUCUGACUGGAAAGUGUGACUGAAAAAGAGACCGGAAAUGCUCAACCUGGCGCAUGUGUAGACGUUUUGCCGCGGUGUUGUUUCCAGUACUGUACUUGUUGACUGCUGGAACGUCUGCCGGCGGGCUCGUUUAUGAUGUCAUUGCCAAUCACGGUAUGAAAGGACUGAAGCUGACUCUGUAUCUGACAUUGCUAUUUAUUGGUUGUUCAAGGGCUUUUAUUUUAUUUUUCGAUCCAUAUAGCUCGCGAGGAAUCCUGGGCCUGCUCACUACUUACAUCUCGUGGUCUUUAGGCCUUCCGUGCGUCCUUGCGGCUCUCGGUCUUCUGCUUCUCGUGUUCGCAGACGCGACAAAGAUGAAUCUUGCGCCUCCGCGCUUUCAGAAAUUAUCCACCGUAAUGGGUGCGAUGGUUUUCAACAUUCUCAUCGUUAUCACAACAGAUCUUAUUUUCCUUCUCACCAGCAAAGGCUUCAUUUUGCUAAUACUUUGUUACGUUUAUUUUCUACUUCUUGGCCUGAUACUUACCGCCGGAUUCCUUCGAAUUGGAUGUCAGAUUUCCAACAACUCGGCGGCACAAAUUUACGGCGAUGGAGGCCUUUCAAGGCUUCGUAUCCUCGCUUUCAUCUCUGCUACUCUCAGCAUGUUCUUUCUUGGUGUCCAGACCUACUCGGUUAUCCAAUUUGACGUCCUAUCGGAAAUCCCCCGUGCAUGGCCCUGGUACGCUGUACAGACCCUACUGCGGGCGCUUGAAGUGAGCAUGUGUUUUGCGAUGAUGGCUAUUGUGUUUAAUAACAGAUUCAGUUCAUUUUUAUUUUGUUGUACAACAUUUCUCCCAAAACGAUUUAACAACACUGUUUCACCUUUGCCACUAGGUUUUGCAAAGGCGUAA